AUAACCCCUGUCACCUAGCCUAUUUAAAAAUGUAUUGUAGAGCUACACUAUUACGGCUACAUGGAUACUGACUAUAGCCUACAUAUGCACACAUAGCCUACGAAUAGGCUACUGUAUAAAUAGCCUAUACACGCACACAUAUUGUCAAUAGGGUAAUUCAUCUUUACUGUAAGACUAAUGAUCUAUAGAAACAACCUGGCUGCGUUUGUGCGCAGAUACACACUGAAGGUGGGAAUCAUAUAAGAGGAAAGGAGAGAGAGGAGGGCAGAUAGGAGGAGUAGGAAGGGAGGGCAGGCGGUCAGAGUUGCGCAUCUGUACAGGCAGCCAGAGAGGAGAGGGAGCAGGAGAGAGACGAACAGGACAGGAUGAGGACCGCGGCAGAAAUAAUGGACCAAUCGACAGUGGGAUGGAAGGUAGACGAGAGGGCAACACCGAGGAAGACCGAUGACUUAUGAAAGAGACGGCUCAGGAAACGUGCUACAUUCCCCCAACAUGGAGGCGUAGCGACAGUAGCAUGCAUUAGAGAAGAUCAUUCCAUUGUAGCCUAGCAGCAGCAUCCGUCUGUCCAACCUGAUCGGAGAGGAGGAGAGAGGAGGAGACAUGGGCUCCCAGGUUGUGCAGACCCUGCGUCAGGGAGUAUGGGCAUCUCUGACAGGGGGCUGGUACCACGACCCGGAUCAGAACAAAUUCAACAACUCCUGCCACCUCUAUCUGUGGAUAUUUCUCCUGAUGUUGCCCCUGUCUCUCCAUCUGGCCCUGCCCGCUACCACUAUGGCUUUGAGUAUCUAUUGCACUUCCAUCACGGCCUUCUUCAUCCUCAUCAAGAUGGCCAACUACAGGCUGCAUGUGAUGUUCGACGAGGGCGAGGCGGUGGUCCGCAGCAGCCUCUCUGACCUCAGCAAGGCUCCAGAGAAGAAAAGCAAUGCAUCAGACUCCUGUCUGCCCACUGGCAUCAGAAGGAGCAGCACAGUCCCCGACACGGUUGCCAUGACGAUGCUGGCCCAAAAGCGCCCCAGUCCUGUCAUCCAGGUGACAGUGAAACAGACUGAAACUGACCCAGGACUGAUUGGAGUGGACUGCUCAAAGUCAGAUGAGGUGAAGACCUUGAAAGGACAGGAUGAGAGUGCUGCAGAGGAGAGGCCUUUGGAGGUAGGAUUGCACCCAAGCCCAGAGCCUUCUCCAGAUGAUCUGUCCAGCCCUAAUCCUGACCAGGCCGCCCCGCUGCUGCAGGCCCAGCAGAGGACCCCAUCUAGAGCUGAAAGAGAAGAGAUGAAGCAUGGGUCUCCUAGUGGAACCGAGAACAUGGAUGUGGAAAUAAUAGAAACUGAAGCUGUGAAAAGCACAGACAUCCAGAGGUCUAUGGUGGGGCCUGACACCGAGCAGUCAGAGCAGGAACAAACAGCAGAGAAAGACUCAGAGCAACAGAGAAUAGAGGAGAAAGAGUAUGAGGAUAAAGAGACUGCAGAUGGGGAAACAGCUGAUGAAGGUCUACCUCCCUCCAAAGGAAGCGGAGAUGAGAGUGAGGAGGUAGGUGUGGAGCAAAAAGAACAAUCUGAUGCCAACGUUAACUCACUGGAGACUCCCCAGGACUGCCUGGAUGAUUUCCGUGAUCCCAUCCCAGGAUCUCCUGCACAGGCUGAGCCAGCGGAGGAGACAUACUGUUCUGAUGAGAUUGAAGUGGUUCUGGUAGACAACUCUGGACCUGGGCCUGCGUUAGCUCACUUGGAUGACAGUAACACAGUCAAGAUCAUCAUCACCAUGAGCUGUGACCCUCAGAUGUCUGCUCAGCUGGAGGAGAGCGUCAAGCAGAGCCUGUUGGAAAAUGCACAGGCUCAGAAGGAUGCAGGAGAGUGUCACAUCAAGAUUCCCAUCAUCACCUUUGACUCCCCCAAGGAGGAGAAACAGGAGAUAGAAGAGGGAGAAGAAGUAUCUGGCUCAGAGGACGACCCCAGCCUGAAACAGCACCAGAUAACGAGUCAAAGUGAAGAAUUUCACCUGUGUCGAGAAACAACCAGCUCUGAGUCGACCACACUGGAGUGUCCGGACCCAGAACAGGAACAUAUUGGUACGCAAACGACUAAUGACAGAACAUCAAGCCCACAGCUGACUAAUGAUAAUAGCUCAUCUGGUAUUGAUGUCCACUCCCACCCUGAGGACACAGAUCCUCUGGAUCCCAACGUGGAUUCACAAGGUUUCCUGCGUCUGCCGCAAGCGUUGGGUCGCUAUGGGCCUGGGGGAAGGACUCACAUCCGCGGGCUGAGCAUGGACAGUGGGAAAGAUGCCGUACUGCUCUCAGACCGCUCACACAACAUAACCACCAUGACCAGUUCUAAGUCAGAUCUGGAAGCGAAGGAGGGCCAGAUUCCUAAUGAAUCCAACUUCUUGGAGUUUAUUUCCCUGUUGGGGUCACUUAGUGCCAGAGGGGGAAGGGCCAGCACACAGGAAGAGGAGGGGCUGGAAUGCAAACAAGAAGUGAGAGUUGUUGAAGAAAGUGAAUCUCAGCAAGAGAGUCUGACAGUGACUACCAGACCAGAUGAGAUGAUAACAGGGACUAAGAGGGACAACAAACCACAGAGACCAAAACCACCCACCAGUCUGCUAACUGACACACUACAGGCUAUACCACACAUACACAUCCCUAUACUUUCUCCUGACAGUCCACAGACAGACAGAGAGAAGGAUCCGGACUAUGAUUCCCUGCCCUCGCAAACCUCUCAGUCAGAGAGUUCCAUGCUUCAGGUCAUCUGCAGACCAGAGGCUACCACUAAAGAAGAGGCCUACACCUUCCAUACUGUGCAUAGAGACAGACCUCAUAAGCUGUAUGCAGAGAGAGCUCUCAACUUGCCACUAGGAGCAGAGCUCAUCACUGGCAACAUGUGUGACCUGCUGUCAACGUCUUCCAACUCAGAGUGUCAGGACGGCUUGGCAGGCGGUCACGUCGACUGUCCAUUCCAACGACGUAUCAUCCCUGCACACAGGCUUCGGCCACGAAGGACGCACCCUGAGAUCUUCCAGGAAGAGGACUCUUUGGAUGAGUCAUCAGAGACCUCCACUCAGGAGAAACCAUCCAGGAAGGUUUAUUACAAACUUAAACUGUUUCCUGGGAAGUGGAUCAACAUUUUAUAUGAUCGACUCACCCUGCUUGCUCUUUUGGACAGAAAUCGGGACAUUCUGGAGAAUCUAGUUGCAAUCUUCAUGGCCUUCCUGGUUUCCUUCCUGGGAUUUGUGCUUCUAAAUCACGGCUGCUUCAAAGACUUCUGGGUCUUCCAGUUCUGCCUGGUCAUCGCCAGCUGCCAGUACUCCUUACUGAAGAGUGUUCAACCAGAUGCAGCUUCCCCAACACAUGGUCACAACCAGCUGGUGGCCUACAGCCGAGCAGCCUACUUCUGUAUUUUCUGUGCCCUGAUCUGGAUGCUGGAGCUGCUGCUGAGGCAGAGCGACCUGCCUGUUUCCACCCUGUAUGGAGUCACCAUUGUCUGCCAUGAUGCACUACGCUUCUUACGAGAUCUCCUAGUGGGUUUUACCUACUGCUUCCCAAUUACCUUCCUGGUGGGCCUUUUCCCUCAGAUCAACACCUUCACCAUCUACCUGCUGGAGCAGAUUGACAUACACUUUUUUGGAGGAACAGCUGCUACGAGUCUCAUCUCUGCGAUCUACAGCAUCCUGCGCAGUCUGAUCGCCCUGUCUCUGCUCUACGGGUUCUGCUUUGGAGCUCUCAAGGAGCCGUGGGAUGAGCAGCACACCCCAGCUCUGUUCUCUGGUUUCUGUGGCCUUUUGGUGGUCUUCUCCUACCACCUCAGUCGACAGAGCAGUGACCCUUCUGUACUGCUAUCCCUGAUCAAGUCGAAGAUGAUGCCUGCAUUGGUGGAGAGUGAAGAAGAGGAGGCGGAAGAUACAGACAUCAAAGACCCACUACCUGAAAAACUGCAGAAUUCUAUGAAGGAGAUUCUGCUGUCAGAUCUGGUGGUGUGUUCCGUCGCCUACAUCCUAACCUUCGCUAUAACUGCAAGUACUGUAUUUCUGUCUCUCAAGCCCUUUGUGACCAUCGUGCUGUACGCUUUGGCGGGGACAGUGGGGUUUGUCACCCACUACCUGAUCCCACAGCUGAGGAAGCAUCACCCUUGGUUGUGGAUCUCCCACCCAGUCCUCAAGACUAAAGAGUUCCACCAGUUUGAACCCCGAGAGGAUGCUGUGCUAAUGUGGUUUGAAAGAUUGUACGUGGGGCUCCUCUGCUUUGAAAAGUAUGUGGUGUACCCCGCCAUUAUCCUGAGCGCACUCACUAAUGAUGGCUUCGCCCUUAGUCACCGCAAGAAGCUAGGAAUUCACUGUGAUGUUCUCCUGACAACAGUUGCUGGACUGAAGCUCCUGCGUUCAUCCUUCUGUGACCCCAGCCUCCAGUUCCUUACUCUGCUCUUCACACUCAUCUUCUUCCACUUUGACUGUCCACAUGCCUCCGAGAGCUUCCUGCUGGACUUCUUCGUCAUGUCUAUUGUGUUCCACAAGAUGCGCGAGCUGUUGUUGAAGCUCCAUUUCAUCCUGGUUUACAUCGCUCCCUGGCAGAUCACCUGGGGCAGCGCUUUCCAUGCCUUUGCUCAGCCAUUUGCUGUGCCUCACUCAGCCAUGUUGCUGCUCCAGACACUGCUCACCACUGUCUUCUACACCCCGCUGGCUCCCUUUCUGGGCAGCGCCAUUUUCAUUUCCUCUUAUCCACGGCCCAUCAAGUUCUGGGAGCGAAACUACAAUACAAAGCGUAUUGACAACUCCAACAGCAGACUGGUGUCCCAAGUGGAUAAGGAGACAGGGUGUGAUGAUAACAACUUAAACUCCAUCUUUUAUGAGUACCUGACUCGCUCCCUACAGCAUUCACUUUGUGGUGACCUUAUGCUGGGUCGAUGGGGCAACUACAGUGCCGGAGACUGUUUCAUUCUGGCUUCUGACUACCUCAAUGCCCUGGUCCACCUCAUUGAGAUUGGCAACGGGUUGGUCACCUUCCAGCUGAGGGGCCUUGAGUUCAGAGGUACAUACUGCCAACAGCGAGAGGUGGAAGCCAUCACAGAGGGUGUUGAGGAAGACGAUGCAUGCUGCUGCUGUGAGCCGGGCCACUUGCCUCACAUGCUGUCAUGCAAUGCUGCUUUCAACUUGCGCUGGCUGGCCUGGGAGGUGAUGGCCACCAAGUAUCUGCUGGAGGGUUACAGUAUCAGUGAGAACAAUGCCGCUACCUUGCUGCAAGUGUACGACCUGCGAAAGCUGCUCGUAACCUACUACCUGAAGAGUAUUAUUUACUACCUGGUCCACUCCCCCAAACUGUCCACCUGGCUCAAGGACGCCACCAUUCACGAGGCUCUGCAGCCCUAUACCAAGUGGCACCAUAUUGAGCGUGACCCUCAGGUCUUCAGCGUGAAGAUCGAUGAGGACUAUGUGCACUGCCUGCAGGGGGUGACGCGCGCCAGCUUCUGCAAUGUAUACCUGGAGUGGAUCCAGUACUGCGCUGGGAAGAUGGAGACGCCUGUGGAUAGUGAUGAAGACUCUCCCCUGGUGACUCUGUCUUAUGCUCUGUCCGUCCUGGGGAGGAGAUCCCUUGGGACAGCAUCACACAACAUGUCUAACAGUCUGGAGUCAUUUCUGUACGGUUUCAACACUCUAUUCAAAGGCGACUUCCGCAUUGCCACGAAAGAUGAGUGGGUUUUUGCUGAUCUGGACCUCUUGCAGAAGGUGGUAGCUCCUGCAGUUAGAAUGAGCCUCAAACUGCAUCAGGAUCACUUCACAUGUCUGGAGGAGACCGAGGAGGCGUCUAUCCUGUACGAAGCCAUCACAAACUACCGUAGCAGCCUGGUCAUCUGCCACGAGAGUGACCCCGCUUGGCGUAAGGCAGUGCUGUCCAGCCGUGACACGCUGCUCACAUUGAGACACAUGAUCGACGAUGGCACGGACGAGUACAAGAUCAUCAUGCUAUACAAACGCCAUCUCAGCUUCAAGGUCAUUAAGAUCAAUAAAGAGUGUGUGCGAGGUCUGUGGGCGGGUCAGCAGCAAGAACUGGUGUUUUUACGGAACCGAAACCCAGAACGCGGCAGCAUCCAGAACUCAAAGCAAGCGCUGAGGAACAUGGUCAACUCGUCCUGUGACCAGCCACUGGGAUACCCCAUGUAUGUGUCACCACUGACGACAUCAUAUGCGGGAACACACCGUACCCUCCGCAGCAUUGGAGGAGGGGCUUUAAGUCUGGACGCCAUUCGUUCCUGGCUGUGCUCUAAAUGGUUACGGGUGCGUAAGGACAACCUGACUAGCUGUAACAGCGGUGUGAACAUGGAUGAUGUUGACUGUGGUGCUGGCGGCUCGUCCUCACUGAGUCAAAACCGCCCAUCCUCCGUCACAUCCAACAGCCUGAGCCUCUGCCAGAACAGAGCCAGGACAACACACAGCCACAGACAUCACAAUUCAGCCAGGAGAGAGUACCGCAGUCGGUCAGUGCAGCCUCAGAGUCAGCGUCCCCCUGUCAGCAGCCAAUCGGGGCCCAACCUGGACUCAGGCUCCGCCCACGGGCUCGUUCAGCGUCUGUCCAAUAGUCAGCUGUCCUUCAACACGUCCAUAGCCUCUAUAUUCUCCCAGGUCCCUCGUCUCUCAGGAGCAGGUGGGAUCAACUUGCAGCUCCAGGCAGCGCAGCAUCAGCAGCGCUCCAGUCAGGUCUCCUCGUCCUCGUCCACUCUCAGCCUGCUGUUUGGGAAGCGUAGUUUCUCCAGCGGUCUGGUUAUCUCUGGGCUGUCCGCUGCUGAUGGGGGCAAUACCACAGAUACACAGUCCUCAUCCAGCGUCAACAUCACCAUCGGGCCCUCACACAGGUCCAGCAGCAGGGCCACACAGUGGACAUCAGAGCCAUAUGAAAGUAUAGAUGUGGCCGGUUCCAGUGCCGUCAUCACAGUGAAAGACGGCAUGCAGUCAGGUGGCCAAGGCUGCAGUCAGGGAUUAGACAAGACCCAGGAGGAUCCAGCAUCUGCCUCAGCAUCCCUGGAGGCAACCAGUCAAUGGACAGUCUGAGAGGGUGACAACACACACACACACACACACUCAUAACUAUAUACAGAGAGGACUGUGAAAAGUUACAGCUAUACACAAACAUAAAAAAGAUUGUAUGAGCGAGCAUCCACAUGCACAAACCUGUCUCCUCUCCCGUCCUCAGCAUGUGGUCUCAUCCUGUUGUCUGAAUGUAAACACGUCUGAAAACAUGAUCUUGGAUGUGGCUGAUGAAUUAAAGAAGUUUGUAAAUGAGGUUGCCUUUUUCUACCUUGAGUCAUGUCACAUAUUGGUUAAUGGUUUUUGUUUAAAUGUGUUCAUACUUAUCUUCAGAACAAUUUCAGGUUCAUCUGUGAUCUUUUACUGGAUAUGUAAAACCGCUGAACUCCUGGGGGGAAAGCUGGGGAUCACCAAAGUAAGCAAUGGGGAACCAUGAAUGUCCGUACACAAUAACCUAGCAAUGGAUCCGAUCGUGGCUGAUCAUCUGGACCAAAGUGAUGGGCCAACCGAACAACAAACUAACAUUACCAUCCCUUAAGCCAAAGCACCACCUUUUCAUAGCACGUUAUUUUUGGCUGAUAAAAGCGUUGUGGAAAUCUCUAUAUUUGUAGAAGUGCAAAUGAAAACCUAAAUAAAAAAAAGCACCCUCACAGCACAAUGCUGAUUAAAACUGUGUAAAGAAUCUACAAGUUGCAGCCUAUCUCCCACAGCCAGUCAAAGAAAGAGUCACAUUUGGCAAAAAUCAAUUAAGUAUUUAUUGUAAGUUGUUACAUUUAGAUUUCUUUCUCUAGCAGCACUAUUUAAAUUACAGAUAUUCAAGGGCAGUUACCAUAGAUUGGAGUUUUUUUUCUUAAUGCAAGAUUUCAUCCUGUAAACAAAGAGACUCAACUGCAGAUCAAAAUGUACCACAACUGAACAUGCUAACAUAACUCCAAGUUAAAGGCUGAUGAACAACAUCUUUUUUUGUCUUUUGAGACAAAAAUAAAAACAAUUAGUGAACUAAACCUCCUUUUAAAAUAAAUUAAAUCAGUACAAAAAUUAAAAAUAGGCAACGGUUGCUUUUGUUACACAGUUACAAGUUCUGACAGAUCUGCUGUGGUUGCUUGUAGUCCACAUCAGACAGGCUUCAAAAGGUUGUCUGUCAGUUAUAUGUUGACAACGUAUAUGUGGAUGAUUCAGAGAGAUGACAAACCCACCACAGCAAUGUGAAAAGACUAACAACGUGUUUUGGAACAUAUGUAAUAAAUGCAAUUAUACAUUCCAACAAUUUUGACCCAAUCUAGCCACUACUGUUGUACUUGCUGGGACAGUUGUGUCCCAAACAAAACCCAACCCAAACAAAACUUUACACGGUACAUUUAUUUUCUCUCUUUAUUUUUUAAUGACCUAUAGACAUUUGGGAAAUACACUUAUUCUCUCUGCUGAGAUGAGAAGAUCAAUACCGCCACCAAAUUUUGUUUUUGUACACACCAAACAAAUGAGAUAAAGAUCUGUGCACGUUGGAGAUGGAAUAUGCCAGGCUAGCUAAGCUAAGCUAAGCUAACUGGCUGCUGGCUCUAUCUUCAUAGUUGGCACACAGGUAAAAGUGGUAUCCCUCUUCUCAUCUAAUUCUCAUAAAGCAAAAUGAAAGUGUAUUUCCCAAAAGAGUCAAACUCUUUCUCCACACCCAUCAUGUUUUAACUACAGUUUCACUCGGGUAUUGUAAAUGUAUUCACCAAGUUGUGUAUUAAGGAAAACAAUCCACAUUUUCUAAACUGGACUUGGGUGUAAAUCUUUCUUUAAUCUUGAUUCUACUGUUCUUGGUGUAAACUACAGUCAUGACCGUAUUGUACCAUCAUGCAGAGAAUUGCCAAUACCAACAUAAUUAAAUGUUUCUCAUAAUGUACAAAUCCCUUAAUGCUCAGUGCUAUUAAUUUUGUAGCAGCUCGAUCUCUGUAAGAUGAGGCUCGAUGAGAUGAGUUCCUCCUGUGCUAUUCUACAGCAGAGGAUUAUGUUUCAUCAAGUCUUUUCAGUGCUACAGUUAAGGGAGUGUUGUAUCUCAAGGUGUGGUAAACAGUGAUUGAUGAUCAAUUUCCUAUGAUAAAAUUCAAAGUCUGUAUGAAAAGCUGUCAGAUCCUUGGGCAGCACAAUCCUGAUGUUUAGGGACACAGUGCUCUGAGAUGCUCGAAGAACUUAAGAGCUCACUUUUACUGGCUGCUGUUUAAAGAUCAGCGGCCGUUUUUAAUGGUCCCAGCUUUUUUUAAAUCUGAAAACUACAAGUCACACCUGCUUUGUAUUUCAAGAUGAAGCUCUACAAGAGAACAAAUUUCACUCCAUGCUGCUUUGUUGACCUUUAGUAACCACAUGCAUAAAAUUUCAAUAGCCUUAAUGAUAAAAAAAAAA